AUAUCCAUGCGUAAGAUUUGAGGAUUGAAGAAGGCUCUAAAAGCAAUUAUUUUUUAAUAACCACUUUUAAGCUAAAGAGACUAUAUAAAAGAAGUUUUGACAUAAAUAUCACAUUUCAUGAAAAUUCACGCCUGACUUUAUUUAAUAAAUAUUUUUGUUGUCUUCUUUGAGUCUGUGAUUAUUGUUGGUUGGAGAGAGUAAGUGGGUUGGUUUGAUUGGAGGAGAGAGGCUUCUGGUUGAUUUUUCUAAUUCAAUUUUUGUUUUUUUUUUCCUCUUCCGGCGAUGCCUACGCCGGUUAACACGGCGAGAGAAUGCUUAACAGAGGAAGCAGCUCGCGCCCUCGACGACGCCGUGGCCAUCGCUCGUCGGAGGAGCCACGCGCAGACGACGUCUCUCCACGCCGUCUCGGCUCUCCUCGCGACGCCGUCGUCCCUCCUCCGCGAGGUCUGCGUCUCACGCGCCGCCCGGAGCACUCCCUACUCGUCGCGUCUCCAGUUCCGAGCUCUGGAGCUCUGCGUCGGCGUCUCUCUCGACAGACUCCCGUCGUCUAAGUCUUCGGGAGAAGAAGAUCCUCCGGUGUCGAACUCCCUCAUGGCGGCGAUCAAGCGGUCUCAGGCGAACCAGAGGCGGCACCCGGAGGCUUAUCACCACCUCCACCAGAUGUCGCACGGAGGAUGCCAGACGACGGUUCUGAAGGUUGAGCUGAAGUACUUUGUAUUGUCGAUUCUAGACGAUCCGAUUGUGAACCGGGUCUUCUGCGACGCCGGGUUUCGGAGCUCCGAUAUUAAGCUCGACGUGCUUCACCCUCCGGUGACAACGCAGUUCUCGCGGGGUCGUUGUCUUCCGCCUCUCUUCCUUUGUAACCUUCCGAGCUCAGAUCCGAAUAAUCGUGUUGGUGGGAGCAGCGACGAGAAUUGUAGGAGGAUCGGACAAGUGUUGUGUCGGAAAGAGAGGAGGAACCCUGUCCUUGUCGGAAACUGCGCUGACGAAGCUCUUAAAACGUUUGCUGAUGCGAUCAACAGUGGGAAGAAGCUAGAGUUUCUUCCUCCGGAGAUUAGCGGGUUAAGCGUAAUCAGCAUAGAGAAGGAGAUUAGCGAAAUUGGAUCAAGAGGUAACGAGGAGAUUCUAUUGAAGCUUGAUGAGUUAGUAAACGACUCCAAAUCUACAGGAGUGAUGUUUAAUCUAGGAGAGCUUAAGGUUUUCUUGAGCAGUGAAACUUCUUCUAGUGAUGCUUUGGUGAAGUUGGUGUUGAAGCUCUCUGAUUUGCUGAAACGUCAAAGUAAGAAACUGUGGUUCAUUGGCUAUGCAUCGAGCAACGAGACCUACACGAAGCUUCUGGAUAGGUUUCCUAAGAUCGAUGAGGAUUGGGACCUUCAUGUUCUUCCAAUCACAUCCUCAAAACUUCCAAAAUCCAGCUUGAUGGGAUCCUUUGUUCCGUUUGGAGGGUUCUUUUCAUCUACAUCAGAUUACAAAGUAUCUUUGAGUGGUGGCACUGUGAAUCAGACGCUCCCUAGAUGUCACCUCUGCAACGAGAAGUGUUUGCAAGAAGUAGCUGCCGUUGUCAAGGCCGGUUCAAGUCUCUCUGUAGCUGAUCAAUCUUCCGAGAAGUUACCCUCUUGGUUAAGAGCUGCUGAGACCGAGUUAGACAAGGGACCAACGAAAAGUACCAAGGCUGUAGAUAGCACAAACGCAUUAGCUUCUCAAACCACAGCUCUGCAGAAGAAAUGGGACAACAUAUGCCAAAGCAUACAUCAAACUCCACCGUUUCCUAAGCUAAGUUUUCAGACCGUGAGUAGUCCACAGUUGCCAGUUCAGACCGAGAAGAGUGUCGGAAGCUCAAUCUCAAAUCCAAAACAUAAGGAGGAGGAUCUCACGAAGACAUCGGUAACUUUGGGUUCUCCUUUGAGUUGUGUUACUACAGAUCUAGGUUUGGGAGUAACCUACGCAUCAAAAGAAACACACACCACACCGAGAGAGAAACAGCUUCUAGUGACACUAAACUACUCUUCCUUAGAUGAUUUCAAGUGUCUGAGAAAAUCACUCUCUCGUAAAGUCCCCUGGCAGACCGAAGCUGUGAACGCCAUUAGCCAACUCAUCUGCGAAAGAAGAAACCGCGCGAGGAGUGGAGUAUGGCUGGCUCUUCUUGGACCUGAUAGAGUUGGGAAGAAGAAAGUAGCGUUGGCUCUCUCCGAAACCUUAUUUAAAGACCAGGCUAAUUGCAUCAGUGUUGAUUUUGGAGGAGAGCAUUGUUAUGUUGAUGACAAGUUCAGAGGAAAGACGGUGGUUGAUUACAUAACGGGUGAAGUAUCGAGGAAGCCACACUCUGUUGUGUUGCUAGAAAACGUGGAGAAAGCUGAGUUUCCGGAUCAGAUGAGAUUGUCUGAAGGUGUGAGUAGUGGGAAGCUACGUGACUCGCACGGAAGAGUGGUUAGUAUGAAAAACGUGAUUGUUAUUGCAACUUGUGGGACCGUCAAGGAGAAAGAGCAUGUGGAGUUUACGGAGGAGAGAGUUCUCAGCGCUAGGAGGUGGAAACUGCAGAUUAAGGUAGCUGAUACUGCUAAAGUUAGCGUGAAUAAGAGAAAACAUGAGGGAGACACAGAGCUGCGUGCAGAGAAGGUGCAACGUUCGUAUCUUGAUCUGAACCUACCAGUGGAUGAGACAGAAACAGAGGAAGCCAAAGCUUGGUUUGAUGGUUUCAUCGAGAGAUUAGAUGGAAAAGUGACGUUCAAACCGGUUGAUUUCGAUGUGUUAGCCAAAAGCAUUCAAGAGAAGAUCGUUUCUCAUUUUAAGAUGUGUUUUGGAACGGAAAGACAGCUAGAGAUUGAUAACGAAGUGAUCGUUCAGAUUCUUGCGGCUUCUUGGUCAUCAUUAUUAGGGGAAGAAGAGAGGAACGUUGUUGAUCAGUGGAUAAGAUCCGUUCUUGCUCAUAGCUUUGCUGAAGCGAGGCAAAAGUACGGUUCAAAUCCUAAGUUCGCCGUGAAACUGGUUGCUUCUAGAGAUUUAGGUGGCGGAGUAGAGUUACCAGAGAAGGUGGAUGUGAUAUGAGGUAAGUGUGAUAGUUACAAUCCUAAUUGUUUUGUCAUCAGAGAGGCCUUGGUUUUGAGUUUUGGUGCUUGUAAAUUAAAAAAUGUAUAAUAGAUUUACUACUAGUAGCUGAGGUAUCACUUGGUACAUAACUUUGUGUAGGGGUUACCAAUUUGCCACAACACUUUAUUUUUGGCAUUUUGAGUUUAUUAGAAAUAAUAAUAAUUUCUCCUUCA